AUGUCCAAUGGCGAACACUCCGAGCCCUCCGUACGCACUGGUCUUUUAGAACAGCAGAAUUGGGAUCAAAGGCCCAAGUUCUUGCAACACUAUGGCAGCACAUUCAGCACAGAUUCAUACGAUCCAAGAGAAGGCCUCGAGAGCGGCACUGUUACUCCUCACAGCUUGCUCGAUGAAAAUGCCACCGAUGGUCUCCUUGGUGCUGGCUCGGGCAGCAACAUGAGCACAACAAGAUGGCUGGCCAAGCAGCAUGGUGUCAAGAGCGAGUCUACCAUGUACCUCCAUUACUAUCUCCCUGUGACAAAUUGGAUCCGCCAGUAUCAAUGGAAGUUUCUGCGCGGUGAUCUGGUUGCUGCCUUGACAAUGGCUUCCUUUUACAUCCCCAUGUCUUUGUCCUACGCCUCAAACUUGGCCCACCUGCCACCCAUCAAUGGUCUCUACGCUUUCGUCUUCAAUCCAUUCAUAUACGCCAUAUUCGGCACUGUACCGCAAUUGGUCGUCGGGCCCGAGGCUGCUGGUUCACUUCUCACUGGUCAAGUCGUGCGUGAGAACAUCAGUUCAGGGAAGCACAGAGACAACGACUUCGCAAGCAACACUCAAAUCGCCGGUAUGGUCACUGGAAUCUCAGGCGCAAUCAUUUUGCUUGCUGGCCUCUGCAGACUCGGCUUCUUGGACAGUGUUCUGAGCAGACCUUUCCUUCGAGGCUUCAUUAGUGCCAUUGGCAUUGUCAUUUUCAUCGACCAACUCUUGCCUGAGACUGGCAUGACUGCACUUAUUGAACACGAUCCCAGCGGUGCUGCACACGGCAGCUCUCUAACAAAAAUCGUCUACCUUUUCAGGCAUAUCGACAAAGCACACAAAUUGACUUGCGCUGUAUCGUUUGGUGCCUUUGCCAUCGUCAUGGUUUUCAGGCAGCUUAAGAGAAGCCUGCAACCCCGAUAUCCUUCAGUUGCCUAUUUUCCCGACCGUUUCUUGGUCGUUGUGUUCUCUGCUCUAUUCACCUGGAAGUUCUCGUGGGACAAGCAAGGUCUUGAUAUCUUGGGCGACCUGAAGACUACAGGCAAGCCCUUCCAAGUACACUUUCCCUUCCAGCCAUCCAUGAUGGAACACGUCACCGACGCUUUCUCAACCUCAUUCUUGAUCGCUCUACUCGGCUUUUUCGAAAGCAGUGUCGCAGCCAAAAGUCUUGCAAAUAGUACGACAAAGAUUGAGAAAAAGGUUGACAAGGAUGGCAAUGAGUACGAAGAGGCAGAUGGCAUUGUCAACAUGACUGUCUCUGCUAACCGCGAGUUGGUCGCCUUGGGUGUUGCAAAUAUCUUCGGAGGCUUGUUCAUGGGUAUUCCUGCCUUUGGUGGUUAUGGAAGAAGUUUGGUGAACAAGAACACUGGUGGAAAGACGCCGAUGAGCAGUGUGUUUUUGUCCCUGAUCACCGUCUUCUGCAUUCUGUUCUUGCUGCCAUACUUUCACUACAUCCCCAAAGGCGUACUUGCCGCUAUGAUCUCGGUCGUGGCAUACUCACUAAUCGAGGAAGCACCCCACGACAUCCACUUCUUCUGGUCAAUCAGAGGCUGGAACGAAAUCCUACUCAUGGUCCUGAUCUUCCUGACAACCUUCUUCUGGAACCUACGCAUCGGCAUCGCCGUCGGCAUAGGUCUUUCCCUCCUCCGUCUCCUCAAACACGCCACUCGCCCACGCAUCCAAAUCCUCGGCCGUGUCCCUGGCUCCCGCAACCAUUUCGACAGCGCCGAACACGGCGGUCUAGAAUUUAUCCCUCACGUUCUGAUUGUCAAGAUUCCUGAGCCUUUGACGUUUGCAAACACAGGAAGUCUCAAGGAUCGAUUGAGGAGACUAGAAGUUCAUGGCACUAGUGCCGCUCACCCUGCCCUCCCACGCGUGCGGUCCCAACAGCAAAAUCGCAAUGUGGUGUUUGAUGUCCAUGGCGUGACAUCUCUAGACCCUGCCGCCGCUCAAGUGCUGCUUGAGAUUGUGAGUGGGUAUCGCGAACGCGGGACUAGGGUUUUCUUCUGCAGAGUACCCAGUCGCAGGUCUCAGGUGUGGAAACUCAUGCUCGCGAGUGGCAUCGUCGAGGUCUGUGGUGGAGAAUCGCAUUUCUUGAGGGGAGUUGAGCAGGCGCUUGAGAUGGCUGAUCACGAGGAGAGAGCCGAUAGUCUGAGAGAAGAUGGUGGGAGUGUUGAAAUGGGUAGAGCAGCGACCACUUGA